UCAGCCUUGGUUUCGUUUGAAUCAUUGUUGUUUUCCCCCCAUCGUACUUCGUACUUCGUCGUCUUGUCCGUAAAAACUGGUAAAACCGUAAAACCUCUAGCACGUUGACUGAACGAAAUCCCCGUUUAAAAAGGUUCCGUUGAAAAAUGAACAGAAGAAAUCACCCAGCACUAACCAGCGGCGCAAUUCCGUCCAUCAUUGGGAAUGGCCUGCACAAUGAAAUCCAAGUUUUAAAGUUUCCUCUAAUUCUACAAGUUUUGGGUUACGAAAUUCUUCAGGUAAAUAAUGAUGACUAUUACAGAAUUCACAUCUCUGAUGGAAAAUAUUCCUAUGCAUAUGGAAUAUUGGCAAUACAACUAAAUCAUCUGAUUGUGAAUGGACAGCUUGAGAACUUUACCAUCAUCAGAGUAAAAAAGUGUGUUGUUCACGAAGUUGCUACAAGGGCUGCAAAGAAAAUUUUAUUUUUUUAUGUUGAGCCAAUUGUGCCUGGAAGUGAAGUUGGAGAAAAAAUAGGAAACCCUCAGAUUCUUAAUCGUUUUGGAGAGGUUACUGAAGAGGCAGCAGCAAAACCUGCACCUGUAGGAAAUAUUUGUAAAAACUACUGGUUAAGUUUACAAAGCAACACAAUGCGUGCCCGGUGUUAUGUCUGUCAGGAGCCCUUUGGUGAAUCUGAUGUUGUCAUGGCUCCAAAAUGUGGUCACACAUUUCACAAAACUUGCAUCACACAAUGGCUUAGUACCAAAAACACAUUUUGUCCAACCUGUCGUCAAACCACGUCUAAUGAAAAACUAGGCAGAAUCUUCUUUGAUAUGGAUUUCUCUGUUGAAGUGAACUCUGCAGAUCUUCAACAAAAGCUGGAUGCUUUUGCUUUUGAGCUUCAACAGUCCCUGGAAUUUCAAGUUGUACAACAAGAACUGAGAGAAGUUAGGCAAGAGAAUGUCACUCUAAAGGAAAAAUCUAACAAGUACGAAAAGGAUAGGUUGGAUCGUGAGUUGGUCAUCCGUCAAUUGGGAACCGAACUAAGCAUUCUCCAACAGAGAGUCGCUUUCCUGAAUAAGCAAGAAGAAGAGCUGCAGUCCGAGCUGAAUACUAAAGUACAACUAAAGCAGAAAGCCAACGAAGAGUUAAGAAAAUGUCGACGACUCCUGAGCACUUUCCGCCUUGAACUCCAGCAAACCAAGAAGGAAUUGAAGGAGAAAGAAGAAGAAGAAGAGAAAUCAAGCUUGGCAGAAGAAUUGAUUGAAAUAUACACUGCAGAAAAUGCAAAACUUAAAGAAAAGCUUAAGGCCCUUACAGAGUCGAUCUCAUCGCCGAGUGGUUAUCCAUCUCGUCUAAUCAAUGAGAGCCCUGCUCCGACCAACCUUCGAAUGUCUAAUCUUCUCAUGACAACGCCAUCGUCCCCUUCUACUCCAUUAGUUCCGCUUAGAAUGAAAAAUUCUAACGUUCCUUCGUCUAGAUUGAUGUUGUCAUCACAAAAUAUUUCGAGCAUGCAGCUUAGCAAACCUGAAAAAGAAGAAGUUACUUCCAGUACUCAGCGAAAGGAGGCUCGCAAAGCUAGCAGUUCAUCCGCAUCCGUCGAUGGUGAAUCCCUGAAGUUUAAAAAAAUGAAAGUCGAUCAGGUCGAUCGCAAGUUUUUGAGGAACAUGAAGAAAUCGCGCGCACGCAAUCUGAGCACUGCUUUGUCGAUGAGUGUCGCCAAGUACCGCUAGAACCAGGCCAAAAAGUAGUUUCUCAAAUUCGCGAGGAUUAAGUUUUGUGUAAAACUCAAUGUUCUAAAUACAAAUCUUGAUUCUA